AGAAGAGAGAGAAACCAAACCAAACCAAACCCAGCGGCUGCAGCAGCGGAGCGCGAGGAGAGAGAGAGAGAGGAGGAAGAGUCCACGUGAGUGAGAGGAGGAGGAGGAGGAGAUCCCUCUCCUCUGCCCCCACCCCGCGCGCGCCCGCGCCCCCGCCGAUCGAUCCCCAAUUCGCCAUGGAUCCCCCCUUCGCAGGAAUUACUAUUGAGCCUGCUAAAUGCCGACUGAUGAGUGUGGAUGAAAAGCGGGAACUUGUCCGUGAAUUAUCAAAGUGGCCAGAAAGUGCUCCUGACAAAUUACAGUCUUGGAGUCGCCGUGAAAUUGUAGAGAUUCUUUGUGCUGAUUUAGGAAGGGAAAGGAAGUAUACUGGAUUAUCGAAGCAGAGAAUGUUGGAUUAUCUCUUCAGAGUUGUAACCGGCAAAUCAUCUGCUGCUGUGGAGCACCAUGUGCAAGAGAAGGAGCCUACUCCUGAACCCAACACAGCCAACCAUCAGUCCCCUGCAAAACGCCAGAGGAAGAGUGACAACCCAUCAAGACUACCAAUUGUUGCAAGCAGUCCAACUACAGAUGUACCCAGGCCAAUAAGUAAUGCACGCUUCUGCCACAAUUUAGCUUGCAGGGCAACUCUUAAUCCAGAAGAUAAAUUCUGCAAACGCUGUUCAUGCUGUAUUUGUUUCAAGUACGAUGACAAUAAGGAUCCUAGCCUCUGGUUAUUCUGUAGUUCAGAUCAACCCUUGCAGAAAGAUUCUUGUGUAUAUUCAUGCCAUCUUGAGUGUGCUCUCAAGGAUGGAAGAACUGGCAUCAUGCAGAGUGUGCAGUGCAAGAAACUUGAUGGUGGCUACUACUGCACUCGCUGUCGGAAACAGAAUGACCUACUUGGGUCCUGGAAGAAACAGCUGGUGAUAGCUAAAGAUGCUCGACGAUUGGAUGUAUUGUGUCAUCGGAUUUUUUUGAGUCAUAAGAUUCUUGUCUCCACAGAGAAGUACUUGGGCAUGCAUGAAAUUGUUGACACAGCGAUGAAGAAGCUGGAGGCUGAGGUUGGUCCUAUAUCUGGAGUUGCAAACAUGGGUCGUGGAAUUGUUAGCCGGCUUGCUGUUGGUGCUGAAGUUCAGAAACUUUGUGCUCGAGCAAUAGAGGCCAUGGAGUCUCUGUUUGGUGGAUCUCUUUCUAACUUGCAAUUUCAUCGAUCACGGAUGAUACCGUCAAACUUCGUUAAGUUUGAAGCUAUAACCCAAACAUCUGUAACUAUAGUUUUGGAUUUGGGUACACUUGCUCAAGAGGUAACAUGCUUUAAUGUAUGGCACAGAGUGGCAGCCACAGGUUCAUUCUCAUCAAGUCCGACUGGUAUCAUACUUGCACCGUUGAAAACAUUAGUUGUCAAUCAACUUGCACCGGCUACAAACUAUGUAUUUAAGGUAGUUGCAUUCAGCAACUCUAAGGAGUUUGGAUCAUGGGAAGCCAAAAUAAAGACAAGCUGUCAGAAGGAAGAUGGUCUGAAGGGUUUGAUGCCAGGUCGUUCUGGACUAGACCAAAACAAUGGGAGCCCAAAGGCAAAUAGUGGUGGUCAGUCCGAUCCUUCUUCAGAAGGUGUGGACUCAAAUAAUAACACUGCGGUGUAUGCUGAUCUCAAUAAAUCGCCAGAAAGUGAUUUUGAAUACUGUGAGAAUCCUGAAAUCCUUGAUUCAGACAAAGCAAGUCAUCACCCCAAUGAACCUACAAACAACUCAGAGAGUAUGCCGAUGGCCGUAGCUAGGGUUAUGGAGGUGUCUGAAUUGGAGGAAGCUCCUGGACUGUCAGCAUCAGCUUUAGACGAGGAGCCCAAUUCAACAGUUAAAACAGCAUUACUUAGAGAGUCCUCAAAUUCAAUGGAGCAGAACCAGAGAAGCGAAGUUCCUAGAUCACAUGACGCAUCAAAUGCUCCUGCUGGAAAUGAGUUGGUGAUUGUUCCACCUCGAUUUUCUGGCUCUAUUCCACCAACUGCACCUAGAUGUAUGGAAAAUGGUAAGGAGAUAAAUGGGAGGAGCUUGAAAACAAAACCUGGUGAUAACAUCCUUCAAAACGGCUCUUCAAAGCCUGAAAGGGAACCGGGAAAUUCUUCAAAUAAAAGAACAGGUAAAUGUGAGGACAUCGGCCACAAGGAUGGAUGCCCAGAAGCAUCUUAUGAGUACUGUGUUAAGGUGAUCAGGUGGCUGGAAUGUGAGGGCUAUAUUGAGACCAAUUUUAGAGUGAAGUUUCUGACUUGGUUUAGCCUGCGUGCCACCCCUCAUGACAGGAAGAUAGUCAGUGUUUACGUAAACACACUUAUUGACGAUCCUGUUAGCCUAUCUGGCCAGCUUGCUGACACUUUCUCGGACGCCAUCUACAGCAAAAGGUCACCUUCUGUGCGCUCCGGUUUCUGCAUGGAACUUUGGCAUUAAGGAGAGGGGAGCUCUUGCUGUUCUCGUUGUAGAGGAGCAUAUUUGGUCCCAUUCUUUCGUAGCAGAUCGUUGCAUUGAUUCUUCAUUGGAAAUUUCAUUGAAGCAGUUAACUUAUACAAUCUGUUCAUUGCGUUACUCUCGCUAUGACAGUAGGUUUAAUUUAUCGGGCAACUUAUUUCUCUUUUUCACUUAGGAGUCUAUAGUUUACAGUUCUGUUAUUCGUACCGCCAUGUUGGUACAGAGCAUCAGGAGUUGUGAUCUUUGGUCAGCUUAGGAGCAUUCUGAAAUUGUCACAAGCGCAUGGAACCUGAAGCGCUGUUUGCUGCUCUAAGAGGGAGGGAUGAUUCUCAGGAUGUACCGGGAAACAAUAGAUGCAAAAUGUCUGCACUAAUGUUAUGUCAGUUAGACCC